GCAGGCCUAACAGACGAUGAAGAUAUCAAGGUGCUCCUGAAAGGGUCCCUCCUCUGGAAGAUCAAGGGCCGCCAGCAGCAGAAGCAACGGCUUCACCGCCUUCAGGACGACGGGAUGACCAUCUGGUUUGAGACCCGCUUCAAAAGGGCUCACUCCAAACAUGUCUUCUCCAUCUUGCACAUCGAAAGCGUGCGCGAAGGCUACCAGUCCGAGGGGCUGCGGAAAUACGGCAGCUCUUUCCCCGAGCCUCAGUGCUUCACAAUCGUUUUCCGAGGCAAGCGGAAGAACCUGGAUCUUGCUGCUCACACUGCCGAGGAGGCUCAGCGAUGGGUGAGAGGCCUCACCAAACUAAUGGCCAGAGCGGAAGCCAUGAGCCAGCGGGAAAAGCUGGAGCACUGGAUCCAUGACAUCCUGCAGCGAGCGGACAAGAAUAAGGACAACAAAAUGAGCUUCAAGGAGAUCAAAAACAUGUUGCGCAUGAUAAACAUUGACAUGAACGACCUCUACGCCUACCGGCUCUUCAAGGAGUGCGAUAAAUCGAACAACGACCGUCUGGAGGAGCAUGAGAUCGAGGAGUUCUGCACGCGUCUGAUGGCGCGCCCAGAGCUGGAAGACAUCUUCUACAGCUACUCGGGCGAGGACUGCGUGCUGUCUGCUGAGGAGCUGCGGGAAUUCCUGCGGGACCAGGGGGAGGAGGCAAGCUUGCGACGGGCUCGGGAGAUCAUCCAGAUGUACGAGCUGAAUGAGAAAGCCAGGCAGCAUGACCUCAUGAUGCUGGAUGGAUUCAUGAUGUACCUGCUGUCCUCUGCCGGGAGCAUCCUCAACCAAGCCCACACUGGAGUCUACCAAGACAUGACGCAGCCCCUUUGCCAUUACUUCAUCUCCAGCUCCCACAACACCUACCUGACAGACAACCAGAUUGGAGGGGCCAGUAGCACGGAGGCAUACAUCCGAGCGCUGAUGAAAGGGUGCCGAUGCGUGGAGCUGGACUGCUGGGAGGGCUCCAACGGGGAGCCUGUUAUCUACCAUGGCCACACGCUCACCUCCAAGAUCCUUUUCCGGGAUGCCAUCGAGAGCAUUCGGGACUACGCCUUCAAGCACUCCCCCUAUCCCUUGAUCCUUUCCCUGGAAAACCACUGUGGUCUGGAACAGCAAUCCACCAUGGCUCGGCACAUGAAGUCCAUCUUAGGGGACAUGCUGCUGACUCAGCCUCUGGAUGAAGACACACCCAAGCAGCUCCCUUCCCCAGAGCAAUUAAAGUGGAAGAUCUUAGUGAAAGGGAAGAAGCUUCCAGAGGACAAGAGUGACCCGGAAAGAGGGAGUUUCACCUCCAGUCAUGAAGAAGAGACUGAGGAGGAUGAAGAUGAGAAGUCUGCAAACUCUCUCCAGGAGAUCAAACCCCUACAGGCCAAGGACGCCACGCAGAUUUCACGGGAGCUCUCGGAUGUGGUUGUCUACUGCCGGUCUGUCCCCUUCCAAAACUUGGCUCGUGCCCUGCGUCACCAGCAGCCCACGGAGAUGUCUUCAUUCAGCGAGCGGAAAGCCAGAAAGCUGAUCAAGGAAUCAGGAAACCAUUUUGUCCGCUACAAUGCUCGAUACCUCAGCCGGAUUUACCCCUUGGGGCUCAAGAUGAACUCCUCCAAUUACAACCCCCAGGAGAUGUGGAAUGCCGGCUGCCAGCUAGUGGCACUUAAUUUCCAGACCCCAGGGGCAGAGAUGGACCUCAACGACGGGCGCUUCCUGGUGAACGGGCGUUGUGGCUACGUGCUGAAACCAGCCUGGCUGCGCCACAGCCAGAGCAGCUUUGACCCCGAGACCUCCCGGCGUGGCUCUGGCCAGCGCCCCGUUGCCCUCACUAUCAAGGUAAUCACAGCGCAGCAGCUCCCCAAGCUGAACAAAGAGAAGAACUCCUCCAUUGUGGACCCCUUUGUGCGCAUCGAGAUCCAUGGCGUUCCCGUGGACUGUUGCAAGAAGCAGACAGAGUAUCGGCUGAACAAUGGGUUUAAUCCGUGCUGGAAUGAAAUGCUGACGUUCCAAGUUCGGGUUCCAGAACUGGCGCUGGUGCGCUUCGUAGUGGAGGAUUACGACACCACUUCUUCCAACGACUUUGUGGGACAAUUCACUUUGCCGCUGCCCAGCGUAAAAGAAGGGUAUCGCCACAUCCACCUGCUCUCCAAAGACGGCACGUCCCUGUCGCCUGCCACUCUUUUUGUGCACGUGAAAUGCAAGAAGAUGUGAAAACGAGCGAGGAAGACGCAAAGGCCCAAGCCAGGCCAUGGCAGAAAAACA